CCGACAUUGACCUUCACCAAAUAUCCGCUCAACACACGCGAUUCCCGAACCACCAACUCUCAAUUAAGUCCAUGCCCCCAUCAUCAUGACAUCCAUCCGGUCCACCAACCCCUUCCAGCGCUGCACGCGCUGCAUCCACCUCCUCUCCACCACCACCACCACCUCCUCCCGCUCCCCAACUCCCACCCCCUUCCUCCCCAUCACCCAAACCCGCACCAAACGCCGCUCGCGCGAUGCCCAAUUCGUCACCGUGAAGCUGCUGAAGCCGGUGGACGGGUUCGGUAACACGGGGACGAUCCUGUCGGUGAAGCCAGGGUUCAUGCGGAAUAUUUUGUAUCCGAGACGGGCGGCGGACUAUGUGCUGCGGGAGGAGGUGAAGCGGUUACGGGAGGAGGGAGUGAGGAUUGCGAGGGAUCAUGAGUUUAAUUUAGAGGGCUGGAGGGCGGUUAAGGAUAUAGCGGUGGAGGAGAGUGCCAUAGAGAGUGAACCAGCGGAGAUGAAAAAGAAGGCUUCGAUUGAGCUGCUUUCGGCCGAACGAUCCCACGAGCUCCUCACCCGAUUCCUCCCCGCCCGUCUCACAUUCAUCCGCACGCCCAUUCCCUCCACCUCCCCUUCCACCGAACCAUCUCCCCCAACCGGACCCGGCACCCCGAUCUACGGCUCUGUAUCUACCACCGACGUCCUCGUCGCCAUCAUGGAUGCCAUCAAGCAGGACGAAGAAGCCUCGAAGGUCGUGCUGUCGCUGGACAACCUGCGCUUCGUGGACCGGGCGGCGGACGAUGCGACGAAGGUGAAGCAGCUGGGGGAGUUUGUGGUGGAGGUUAAUCUGAGGGGAGAAACGGAGGCGAUUCGGAGGGUGGUGGUGGUGAGGAGUUCGGCGGGUGGGAAGGGAGAGACGGGACCGGUGGGUGGUUAUGUUGGGAGUGAAGCAUCGACGGCGGAAAAGAGGGUGGAUUUGUGAAAAGCGGAAAGUCGAGCCUAGAUUUCGGCGUUUGUAUAGAUGGUUACAAGACAGGGCGGUUUCUGACCCGUAAUGGCCUUAUAGAACGCCUAUGUACAAGAUUUUUGUAUUAUAUUAUAAGUUGCGGCAUGGGCAUCUAUCGAUCUAGAUGGCACUCAAAAAUUACGCAAGAGGCAAAUUCUGCAACGGAGACGCGGUUCUUCAUUUUGCUAAGAAUACUUAUCCGCCUAGUCUCCUGCGCUGCUGUGAUCUGUCAUCGCCGUAUGAAGUCUGAAAGAUCCAUGAUGCUAUAAUAAGACAUGCUGGACAGCAAGUGAACGAGAUCCCGACGCAUCAUCUGGCUAUCCGCUCGUUCAUCGACCCCUCCGUAUCCACCGAUGGCACGACGAUCGUCGACCGAAUAAACCAAGCAAGCAAUUUUUUUUAUCCAUGAUUCGCCCUGUUGUUGAAAUUCCAUGAAC